GAAGUUCUCUGCCCAGUAUCGGUUGGCACAUCAGUGAAUCUCUAUGAGGGUCCAGGCGUGCAAAUUUUGGGAAUAAAUGAUGUGGAUUCCUUGAAUUUGGAACUGAGAAAUGCAGUAGCCCAUGCCACCAAAGACUCCCAUCGAGGACUCAAAAUUCGUGAUGUCCAAUCCCAGAUUAUUACCAGAACAAGCAGCGAAUCUGCCUGGACUGAAACGCAGGGGUCCUCUGAAGUUCAAACACAGAUAGGAGUUAUGAGCAGAACUGCAGCUAUACAAGCAGUAGCCAAGAUGGGAGUUGUCAAUAUUCCUUCACACAACCAAAAGAACAGGGUUGUCGAAGGAACAUCGACCACUUUCUGUCUUCUUCCCGACAAGGAAUCCACAGGAACAAUGAAUAGUGAAGUAGCAACUUCGGAUGUAAUGACUCAGAUCUCUUGUAUUUUGCACUCUCGUGGAAUUCAUUCCGAUCUGCAGACCUAUCUCUCGGAAUAUAAGAAAAGGAGUAGUCUCUCAGCAACGUCCGACUUGGGUGAGCAAAAUGUUGAAUUUCAAUGGGAAAAACAACCCAAAUCAGAGAUUCGAAACAGUACCGCAACAUGCGAUGUGGAAACUUUGAUCAGUAGAGUAGUUCAUGAUUAUGGAACUCAGGUAUCUUCAAGGCUUAUUCCCACGGAAGUAACUGUGAACAAAAUCAGUACCAAGGAAAUGGCUGUUUCGCUCGGCACUCCUUUAAAGGACAUCGAAAUUGGACUGCCAAUUGAUUCACUCAUAUGCCCAUCGGAUAUGAAAUUUGAAACUGAGCUGUAUGAGGGUAGUGAUCUGUCUAUUGCUGAUUAUAGCGGAGUAAGCAAUUUUAUUGUUACUCAUGACGACGGAGUUGUAACAGGAUCCAUGCAUCUCAACUCUGUUGAUGCACAAACAGGCAGAGGCUUAACCACUCAAGCCGCAGUUGUGUUAAGAGCUAAAGAUUUCAGGAGAAAGGUUGCAGUUGGGGAAAUAACCGCACAGUCUGGAGUUGCGCCAAAGGUGAACUUUGUGAUAUCAAACGUAGCUGGAAGACCAUUCCGUGAUUCUAAGACUCCAACAUCUGAUCUGCAGACACAGAUUAGGAGUUCGAAUCUUCUUCAAGAGAAUGUGGAACUUGUUAAUUCUGAAGUGCAGGUUGGUUUAGAGUUGGUGCCAACACAGAUAUCUAUGAAGAGGUAUGAUAUUGAGAAAAUGGAAGUAGAAUUCCUUGAUGCAACUGGCCGCGAAAAUUACAACAUGAAAAUGAAUUCAGUAUCAUGUCCAGCUAAGAUAAAAGUCGAAUCGCGUCUGACAGAAGGAAGUGGUGUUCAUAUUUCUGGAAUUGAGAAGGCUUCCAGGGUUGUUAUCAGUGUAAGCGGCUCCUUGCCUUCUGUGCAAACAGACGUAAGAGAAAAGGUUGAAAACGAAGAUUCUGAUAUUUUGCAUGAAGAAUUCAAAACAGAAGUAAACUUUGAACAUAUCUCUAUGAAUAGGGACGAGAGAAAACGUUGCUCGAGUAAGUCAACUCAGAGGAACGUUGUUCGACUGAUUCCAUGUGGAGUUUCCGGAAGUAAGAUGAUGACUUCAGGUGAAACCUCUCAAGUACUCUCCGUUACUUCAGAUGCAUCAAUGCAAGUUGGAAGUAGGCUGGUUCCACUAGCAAUUGGAGUAUCGCCUGUACAAUUAGAGAAUAUGGAAAUAUCACUUACAAAUUUGGGCAAACCUAUAAGUGGACAGAUGUCAUCGGCCUCCGCUGUAUUAUAUCCUGCUCAGGUUGAGCUUCAAAGCACUCUUGUUGAUGGUCAGAAUGGAAUCGAGUUGGUUCCGAUUGAACAACUGGAGUAUAUCAAUUUGAACAGCUCGAGAUCUGAAGCUAUGGUUCAGUACAGCUCCUCCUCAUCCGAUGUCAUAACGCAGAUAAUAACUCCCGAAAGACCUAAUCUUCUUCCAGCUAGCAUCAUUAUGGAAACCGGCCAAUUUGAUGGUCAUCACCGAAUGCCCAAUAUCGCUUCCCAAUCCUUGGUUUGUGAUCUCCUCAGCAACAGAAUGAGAAAUCAAACCGUUACCAUUAAGGCAAAGCCUGCUACCUCAGAUUAUUCCUCUGGAAAGCCAUCGUCUUAUCUAGGAUAUGUGAGCACCGAGGCAAAUACUCAAACAGCUGAUACAAGCAUAGAGAAUAUGGAAGAAGAUUCCAUCUAUUCAGCGGAUAGACGUGUAAAACAGUAUGGCAUUGGCGUUCAAGUUGGAACAAAGCUUAUUCCUGAAGUACUGAAGUUGUCACAAAUUCCCGUCAAGAACAUGAAAUUAGAAUCAGUGGUUUCUUCUUCAGGGCAUAAGGAGCGUAUUAGCCUUCAGUCGAUACGUUGUCCAGCUGAAAUUGCACUGAAGUCAGAGCUGUGUGAUGACAGUGGAAUAGUGAUCUGCUCAUUGGAUCAGUCAGGUGAAAUUGAAGUUGAAAUGGCCCGUGAUAGUCCCGAAUCUCAAAUUCAAGUUACUAGCAAAUCAAACAAGGUUCAUGGGUGGUGGAGUGGAAUAGUAAAUGGAAAGACUCCGCUUUUUGAGAACAAAUCAUUGGAUAAUUCCUCUGCUAGAAAAUCUACUGAAAAAGCAGUAACGACUUCAAAACAAACUAUUAGAAUUGAAAAUAAUUUGUCCUUGCAAGGUGAAGCUAUACUUCAACCUGAAACAUAUUCCACUCACCCCAAUCCUCGCUAUAGACUGGUUAUGGUUGACACGGGCAAUCAAAAUAGGUCAGCAACACAAAGAAAUUCUACAUCUCCAGACAGACAAUACUCAUCAGUGAGUGCGUCAAAAUUAGAUUGGAGUGAUCGUGGUGUCCAGGUAGGAGUCAAGCUAAUCCCUAAUAGCAUCGAUGUCAGACCUCUCAAAUUAGAAAACAUGAAAGCUGUUCUAUCAAGUAAGAAAACUCGAGAUUCAAGAGAAGUUGAUGCCAGUGCUGUCCUAUGCACUUCAGGAGUCCAAUAUGAGGAAGAAUUGACAGAAUCGACUGGUGUUCAAGUCGUUCAAAUUAAUGAGAGUGCUGAACUUUCGCUCUGUUAUUGCGGAGAUAAGUUUGUAACCAGUGUCGUGUCAGCCAAUAGGAAUACUUCUGUAAUUGGGAGCACAGAUGGAUCAAAGCACUUUGAUGUGGGUAGCAUAACAGCAAGAAAUGCGGACCUUAAUACCACAAGUGAUGCGGAUGAUUCUAAUUUCGUCACCAUUCUACGUGUAAAAGAAGCUCAAUACGGUACAAAGAAUAACCGUACAGCCGGUUACUGGGAAAGUACAAAAAUGCCAAACGGUGAGAUCAGCUUCAUACAAAAUCGGAUCCAGCUUGUGGACAAAAAUGUCCAAGUUGGAUUGAAUCUGGUUCCCAAAACAAUUACUGUCGAUAAAGUGAGUGUUGAGAAUAUGGAGGCUAUCAGUGGGCAGAGAAAAGAUGGAACCUUUGAAGAGGUCAGUGUUGGAGCGAUGCUGUAUUCAAGGCCGACACAAUAUGAUCACAUUUUGACUGAAUCAAAGGGAGUGAAUGUUUUACCCAUUAGAGAUGUUCAUGAUGUUCGAGUGGGAUAUAAAGGCGACAUAUUUUACACAUCUGUUGAUUCGACCAGGGAUCUAAUUGAGGCGAGCUACUCUGAGUCAAGAAGUGAUUGGCCACGUCUUCGCGUACAUCAUUUGGAGUUUUCUGAUGAAGUGAGUCAGAUUGGGAAGAUUGAUAGGAGUAGAGAGAGUUCAAAAGUUGAGGCAAUGACCCAGGUGGGAACAGUUCUUGUUCCAACGGAAUUAAAACUAGAACAAAUGAGUCUUGAUGCCCAUCAAGUUCCACGUUUAGUUGAAUCUAUCUCAACUGAAAAUAUUCUAUGUCCUACUGAUAUCGCGGCUUCGUCUAUACUUUCCGAGUGCUCAGGAGUUCAUAUUACUUCUGUGGGAGCCCUGUCAGAAAUUGCAAUUAAAUUGGAUCAAGGAGAGUACAAAGCAGAGGUACAACGAGACACCAAAUCAAAUCAGACUCGAAUAGCUAUCAAGGAGAGAUCAAUUAGUGCUAAAAGGUCUCAUGCAAGUGGAUAUAUUUCCUUAAUUGAACCUUCAAUAAGUGUUGAUGACGCACAUAAAGCUCUAACAUUUGGUGGAAUAUCCAAUUCGAUUCAGCAUUCAAUGAGUUCAAAAUCUGUCCAGGUUGGUACCAUUCUAGUUCCAACAACCGUUACCAUGGAGAAGGUAAUGGUUGAGAACUUAGAGGUUUCAGUGCCGCUAACUCAGUCUAAAUGUGCAGAAGUGAACGUAAGUGCAGUUCUGGCAUCUUCUGCAACAGAAAUGACAACAGUUUUGACAAAUGCACCGGGAAUACACGUCAUUCCAAUGUCAAAAGUGGAUGAGAUUGGCAUCCAAGCGAAUGGAAAGAACUAUAUUGGAAUGGUUGAAGGAGCAUAUCAGUCACCACGUGGUAGAGCACCAUCAGGUAUAUCAGUGAGUCAAGAUCAACAGAAGAUUAUUCUUCCCAUUGCUUCAUCGGCCAUAAAUAGGAGCACAAACAUUCAGGCUAGUCUACUUCAACAGAGUGCAGAUCUGAGUCUACUUCAUGAUACACUUCGAUCUGGUCAGACCACACCGGUCCUCAGAGAGACCAACACAUUUUCCACAGGCUCAUUCCGUCGUCCUGGAAUCAUCCAUAUUCCUGGUCAAACACUCACGCCUAUUGCAGAAAUCUUAUCCACCCCUUCACAUUCUGCACCUAAGGAUGUUAUGGACAGUUCAGUGCAAGUUGGUGUGAGACUCAUACCCCAUGCAAUUUCUCUUCAACGAGACUAUGGGAAAUCUAUGGCGAGCAUGCCUAGCAACUUAUCGGAAAAAGAAAUUGAUUUUCACAAUUUCCUAAUGUCGUCUGAAUUCCAGUACGAUAUGAUGUUGCAGGAAACAGUGGGUGUUGAUGUGGUACCCAUCAAAUAUGCCGAAAAGGUAAAUAUCACGCUUGACGGAGAAAAUUUCACCACUGAAAUCGGAUCAAUAAGAUCAGAUCGACGAUAUGGCAGUCUGGAUCAUUCUCGCCGUUUACUUGAAAGAACAUUAUCAACACCUUUAGCUCUCUCUGAUUCUUCAAGCCAAAGGCUUGUGCACGCAGGUGAUACAAUCACUCACCAAAUCAAUCCACCACAUAGCUCAGCUAGCAGGAGAUCAGUCGUGAGGUAUGACCAAGGUACACAAGUUGGAGUCAUUCUCCUUCCCCAACAACUAAAUCUUGAGAGAAUGAACUUAAAAUCAGGAACCAUUAACUCGGCUACAGUACUCAGUGAGAGUAGAACUCCAUCACUAUUAUAUCCCACAAACAUUGGAGUCGAUGUAGCCCUUAGUGAGACUCCUGGAUUUCAAAUGGCCGACUUUGGAGGGGAAAUGUUGGUGGACUUUGGUGACUCUUCAUACAAUGCCAAAGUCAGCCGAACAGCAUCGAGCGCUGAGGCUUCAGUUCAUCUUAUUGAUGAGUCUGUGUCUCUCGGACGCAAAUCCUCCAUACUUGAAAUAUCCCUGUCUAGAAAUCUCCCAGUAACACCUGUAACAUUACCGUCUGGUGAAGUGGUGAGAAGAUAUACGGUUUCCACAGGCACGCAGGUCGGUACUCUUUUGAUACCAACCAAGGUGUAUAUGAAUCAAGUUGAUGUGGAAAAUUUGGCUGUGGAAAUUCCCUUGACAGAGUGGAAGUCAACAGAUUUAAAUGUCAGUGCAAUACUUGCAACGACGGGCACUGAAAUGACGACUGUUCUCUCAGAGGAUACUGGAAUUCAGAUUGUUGAUAUGAAGGACCUGGAAGAAGUGGGAAUUCAGUAUGGUGAUGAAGUCUAUGUUGCUGGUGUUACAGCUUCUAAACCAAAAUAUAUUGGCGAUAGCUAUGGCCCCGUAAGAGAUCAUGUCACAAGUUCAACUUCUAAUAAGAGACGAGAAGUAAUCGUUAUAUCGGUACCGAAAAAUUUGGAAUGUGUACAACUGAACCAGAAGGCCACAAACCUUCUGAAACAGAGUAGCGAUCUAAGAGAAAUUCACUCAACUUUGUCGUCCUCGGUUUCACAACCUCGGUUACGAAUGGGAAGUGUAUUGGGAACUCCUAUUCAUUUAGGAGGGCAAAUGAGUUCCCAACAGCCAAUGACUGGUAUAAUCAAUCAAUCUCCUAUAAUGACCUGUGAGUGUGGUCGUCAAUACACGGUCGGUGAACUAGAACGACAACUAAUUUCAAUAGAAUCUGGUGCAUCAGGAGCAUUAGGACGCGUAAAUUCUCAAUUCUCAACAAAUAAGCUCUUACGACAUAUGGAAACAGCCAACGGUACGUUCAGUUCUCAAGACAGGGAUGCUGCAGAAGCAUCCAGUCAAAAUCGAGUUUACGAAUCAUACAACGUUACAUGCGAGGCUGCUAUCAAACCAACUAUGGUCUCCAAGCGUCUGACUGCAAACAUUCAACCUGUUGGAAUAGAGGCUGGUUGUCAGGUGAGUACUUACGAAGUAGACUAUUCAAUGGACACCAGACUUUCAAGAAAUCAGCUGUCCCAACUCACAACCGACGAUAUGACCUCAGACUUGAUGGACACUCCUAAUCUGCUCAGAAGAUCCACAUCAAAGAAACGCACCCACUCUGAAGACUCUCAUGGAAGACCCAGAACUGCUAAUAUUUGUAGUUCCUGUCGGAAUAGGAUGAUGAUAACGGAUAUUAGUACGGCAGACCCUGAUGAUCCGAGUAGUUAUGAAGCAUCAAUAAGAAUCAGAAGGGUAUCGAAUGCCGACACAUUCGAUAACUCAGUGGCAUCAAAUUUCUCGAGAGGAUCAACACUUCGACGAAGUUUCUUCACUCGGGGUUCAGAGAAAAGAUCAAGUGGAUCAUUUGAAUCUCUAAGAAGCCAUUCACAGGCCUCCAGAUGUGCUAUUUGUCGUAAUGAAAUAACAUCAGGUGAUCUCUCCUCAUCGAUUCGCACAAGCACAUCAAGUCUGCUGGGAGGGACAGGAGUAGUAGCAGUGAGAGAUAGUGGAAUCCACGAAAUCGCUGAUGCCUACGCACAAAUUUGCAAAGAAGCUGAUCAGUCUGAUGGAGUGAAAGCUAAUUUGUACUUAAUGUUGAGGGGUAAUAAAAUCAUCCAGGCUAUCAUCGAUGACUAUUUGAAGGAGAAGAAAAUUGAAGAAGUUGGCUAUUUUGCAGAAAGCAAGGAGAUUUUAGAGGUUGUAUCUGCAAAUGAGAAAGCUAUGAAGAAGGCGAGAAAGGGUGAUAAGACAAUUUAUUCUCAACUUCAGCACAAUUCCCUAACACGGAGAGUUAUUGACAGUUAUGAGUGUUAUAAGCAUAGCAUGAGAGUGGAUGAAUUCAUCCAGGUGAAUUCCACUCCGUUUGAAGGAGGAGUGGAGACAGUCAGUGAUGCGAUGAAGGAGAUAAUGGACGUAGUGGACGCCCUUAAAGAUGCAGAAGGACAAGUAGGAGAAAAAACUAUCUAUGCAGAGCUUAAAGGAAAUGCAAUAAUACAGAGGGUGAUAAAGGAAUACGAAAUGAGCAGACUUGCACAUACAGCAAUUCGUAGACCAACCGCCUCAUCACGUUUGGCGAAUGUUGUCUUUUCGAGGGACUCAAAGGUUGGAAUUCUCAGCGUCGAUGGACAAAUAGCCAAAAUGGAGUUUGAACAAUUUUCCACUUCAGACCAAGUGGAGAGGGGGAGUAUUUCCAUUCUCCAAAGACAUAGAGGAACUGAAUCAAGUUGGAGACCACUUUCCUCAUCUGUCAGCAGUGUAUCAGGAGAUGAAGAUACCACAGAUAGGUGGAGAACGUCAGAAGAGAUUACAUCAACGAGUACUCGCUAUGAUGUUGCUGUAUCCGCUCUCAUCACCCCAGAAACGUGGGACAAGAAAGUCCAGUUCGAUUCUUCAAAUCCACGAUGA